AUGGUCCGAGAAAAGAAACUUGUUGAUGAAGUGUCCGGUUGGCUCAAAAUCUAUGAUGACGGUUCCGUCGACCGGACAUGGACCGGACCGGUACAAUUCAAGUUCAUGGCCGACCCGGUUCUUCCCCAUGAAAAAUUUAUAGAUGGUGUCGCCGUUCGUGACACCUUCAUUUCUCACGGUGGUUUUGACCUCCGUGUUCGGUUAUACCUGCCGGAAAUAACGUUGGAAGACGACCAGAAGAUACCAAUUGUGCUCCAUUUUCAGGGCGGCGGUUUUUGCAUUAGUGAACCGGACUGGUUCAUGUACUACCAAGUUUACACCCGGGUUGCUCGGUCCACUCGGUCCAUUGUAGUUUCCCCUUUCCUCCGCCGCGCUCCGGAGAACCGUCUUCCCGCGGCCAUUGACGACGCCUUUGACACCCUUCUUUGGCUCCAAUCCGUGGCCCAGUCCGGUUCACAUGAACCGUGGCUCGAGCGACAUGGAGACUUCAACCGGGUUUUUCUCAUAGGGGACAGUUCUGGCGGGAACGUGGUGCAUGAGGUGGCUGCGAGGGCCGGUUCGGUCGACCUAAGCCCGGUUCGGGUUGCCGGAGCAAUCCCGAUUCAUCCCGGUUUUGUCCGAUCGAGCCGGAGCCGAUCCGAGUUGGAAAUGCCGCAAUCACCUUUUUUAACGUUGGACAUGCUCGACAAGUUCUUAGGAUUAGCACUGCCGGUCGGGGCGACGAAGGACCACCCCUUCACAUGCCCGAUGGGCGUGGCGGCACCGUCGCUUGAAGGGAUGAAAUUGCCGGCGGUGCUGCUGUGCGUGGCGGAGAUGGACUUGGUGAGGGACACGGAGAUGGAGUACUAUGAGGCCAUGAAAAAAGGCAACAAGGAGGUGGAGCUUUAUGUUAGCAAAGGGAUGACUCACAGUUUUUAUCUGAACAAGGUUGGUGUGGAUACGGACCCCAAUGUCAGUGCACAAACCGAUGCUCUCUUUACCAGGGUGAAGGAGUUCAUUGAGAAGCACUGA